AUGGCAUGCAAACUUCCAACUCAGCUAGCAACGCCAGGAAAACUCCAUCACCACCGUCAAUUCACCAUCACAUCCACAACUAAUCCCCUCUCCUGGCGUAGGACUCUAUCACCAGAGCCUAUCCUCUCUCUCUCCACCUCAUUUCCUUCAGGGAAAUGUAUUGUAAAGCAACUCGUCACAUGCAGUGCUAGUGGGACUGCUGAGGCAACAGGGACAGUGAAUUUUGGUCCAGGGACUCCAGUUAGGCCAACUAGCAUAUUAGUUGUAGGGGCCACCGGUACUCUAGGCAGGCAAAUCGUGAGGAGGGCUCUUGAUGAAGGUUAUGAUGUUAGGUGCCUUGUUAGACCAAGACCUGCUCCUGCUGACUUCCUUCGUGAUUGGGGUGCCACUGCAGAUCUUAGUAAACCUGAGACUAUACCUGCAACAAUGGUUGGGGUUCAUACAGUUAUUGACUGUGCUACUGGGCGUCCAGAAGAGCCCAUCAAAACGGUAGAUUGGGAAGGAAAAGUUGCUCUUAUACAAUGUGCAAAAGCAAUGGGAAUACAGAAAUAUGUGUUCUAUUCUAUUCACAACUGUGACAAACAUCCUGAAGUUCCACUGAUGGAGAUUAAGUAUUGCACUGAGAAAUUUCUUCAGGACUCUGGCCUAACUCAUGUCAUAAUCCGGUUAUGUGGUUUCAUGCAAGGUCUUAUUGGGCAAUAUGCAGUACCUAUACUAGAAGAGAAAUCUGUUUGGGGAACCGAUGCCCCCACAAGAAUUGCUUACAUGGACACCCAGGAUAUAGCUCGAUUGACAUUAAUAGCAUUACGGAAUGAGAAAAUUAAUGGGAAGCUUCUCACAUUUGCUGGCCCUCGAGCUUGGACUACUCAAGAGGUCAUAACAUUGUGUGAGAGGCUGGCAGGGCAGGACGCAAAUGUUACUACCGUCCCAGUUUCUGUCUUAAGAUUCACUCGUCAAUUGACUAGGUUUUUUGAGUGGACUAACGAUGUUGCUGACAGACUGGCAUUUUCUGAGGUUCUUUCAAGUGAUAUCGUUUUCUCUGCUCCGAUGAAUGAGACAUACAAUCUUCUUGGGGUGGACCAGAAAGAUAUAAUUACGCUGGAGAAAUACUUGCAGGAUUACUUCGCAAACAUACUGAAGAAAUUGAAAGACCUCAAAGCUCAAUCAAAACAAAGCGACUUCUACAUAUGA